AUGGAUAAGUCAUGGGUUUGGCUACCAAGGGCUAGCCUUGAGUAUGGGAUAGGAGCUAGAAAUUUUGUGAAUGCAGUAACAACAAGUUUGGGUAAUCCUAGUUCUAUGCUAUGUCCCUGCACACAUUGCCGGAAUUUGUCUCAUCAAGGAAUAGAGACUAUGUUUGAUCAUCUAGUGAUUAGGGGAAUGGAUGAGAAAUACAAGAGGAAUUCGUGUUGGAGCAUUCAUGGUGAUAAGAAAAUUGCUCAGCCAGAUGAAGAUCCAAGCUCUGAGUUUGAAGCUUAUGAUUUGAUUAGAACAGCCUUCUUUGAUAGUGAUUCAAAGCCCAGUAGCCAUAGUGAAGAUCAGAAUGAUGAUGUUGAUAGUGUAGAAGAAUCUGAGUUUAGAAAGAAGCUACAAGAUGCGGAAACUCCUUUGUAUUCAAUCUGUCCCAACUACACCAAGAUAUCUGCAAUCAUGGGGCUUUACAGGAUUAAAGUGAAGAGCGGUAUGUCGGAGAACUUUUUUGAUCAGUUGCUCAAAAUGGUUCAUGAAAUGCUUCCUAAGGACAAUGUGUUACCGAGAUCAACAGAUGAGAUGAAGAAGUUUCUGAAAAUUUUUGGGUUUGGAUAUGACAAGAUACAUGCAUGCAAGAACGAUUGUAUCCUAUACAGGAAGCAAUAUGCAGAUAUUGAAACCUGUCCAAGAUGUGGUAUCUCCAGAUGGGACAGGGAUAUGAAUACCGGUGAAGAGAAUAAGGGGAUUCCAGCAAAGGUUCUAAGGUAUUUUCCAAUUAAAGAUAGAUUUAGGAGGAUGUUUAGAUCCAAAAGAAUGGCUGAAGACUUGAGGUGGCAUUUUAAUAAUGCAAGUACAGAUGGUACAAUGAAGCAUCCAGUUGAUUCAUUAACUUGGGCCAAUGCGAAUGAUAAAUGGCCUGAGUUUGCUGCUGAACCAAGAAACCUCCGCCUAGGCCUUUCCACUGAUGGGAUGAAUCCUUUUGCCAUCCAGAAUACGAAGUAUAGCACAUGGCCAGUAUUAUUAGUGAACUACAACAUGCAUCCGACAUUGUGUAUGAAGGCUGAGAACAUGAUGCUCACUCUUUUGAUCCCUGGGCCAACUGCACCGAGCAAUAACAUUGAUGUCUACCUAGCUCCAUUGAUAGAUGAUCUGAAGGAUUUGUGGCAUGAAGGUAUUUUAGUUUAUGACUCUUUCAUGAAGGAGAAUUUCACACUUAGAGCAAUGUUGAUGUGGAGUAUAACUGAUUAUCCAGCAUUAGGAUCAUUGUCAGGAUGUAAAGUCAAAGGGAUACAGGCAUGUAUUGUUUGUGGAAAAGAUACGCCUUCUAGAUGGUUAAAAUUUAGCCGUAAGCAUGUGUAUUUGGGCAACAGAAAGAGGCUCAGACCUGAUCAUCCAUACAGAAGAAGAAAGAAAUGGUUUGAUAAUACAGUAGAGAAAGGAAGUGCAAGAAGAGUUGAAACUGGAGUAGAAAUCUGUGAGAUGCUUAAGGAUUUCAGAAAUGAUUUUGGUAAAUGUAUAGAGAAAAAAGGGAAAAGGAAAAGAAAAGGUAUAAGUGAAGAUGCGGAACCAUCGAAUGAUGAAUCUGAUGAAGACGAUGGUAGAUGGAGGUGGAAGAAAAGGUCCAUCCUGUUUGAGUUACCUUACUGGAAGGAUAUGCCGGUUCGUCACAAUAUUGAUGUAAUGCAUGUGGAGAAGAAUGUUUCUGAUGCUAUGUUGGCUAUGUUGAUGCAAUCUGUUAAGUCAAAAGAUGGGGUGAAAGCAAGGAAAGAUCUCGCAGACAUGGGAAUUAGACAGAAGUUACACACACAGGAAAAAGGGAAGAGGACUUAUUUGCCUCCAGCUGCUUAUUGGCUGUCCAAGUCUGAAAAAACUGAAUUUUGCAAGCGGUUAAGUUCAUUCAGAGGGCCUGAUGGUUAUUCUGCAAAUAUAUCCAACUGUGUUUCAGUGGAUCCUCCUAUGAUUGGUGGAUUGAAGUCACAUGAUCAUCAUGUGCUUCUUCAGAAUCUCUUACCAGUAGCUUUGAGAGGAUUACUACCAAAGGGUCCUAGAAUUGCAGUGAUUAGACUAUGUAAUUUCUUUAAGAGGUUGUGUCAGCGAGUUCUUGAUCCAGAAAAGCUAAUAUCACUGGAGGCUGAGUGUGUAGAGACCUUUUGCCAACUAGAAAGAUAUUUUCCUCCAUCCCUUUUCGAUAUAAUGUACCAUCUUCCAAUACAUCUAGCAAGGGAGGCACGUUUGGGUGGACCUGUUCAUUUCAGAUGGAUGUACCCCUUUGAAAGGUACAUGAAAACACUAAAAGCAUAUGUCAAAAACUAUGCAAGGCCAGAAGCUUGUAUGGCUGAAGGUUAUUUAGCUGAGGAGUGUAUUGCAUUCUGCAUGGAGUUCCUACAAAAUUCUGUACCGGUGGAAGAAACAAUCAACCGUAAUGAAGAUGUUGGAUCCCCUGGGGGAAUACUUGAAGGACGCCCAUUCCAGAAGGCUGCUCAAGUGGUAUUAAGUGAUAAAGAGAGAGACAUUGCCCAUAGAUAUGUUCUAAUGAACAUGGCAGUGAUGAGUCCAUAUGUAGAUAUGCACCUUGAGGAAUUGCAAUCAAUGGAUGUGAGAUGUCGUAAAAGUGAAACUCUUUUAUGGAAAUUACACGCAGAUAGGUUCUCACAGUGGGUAAAAGAUAAGAUCCCUGGUAACUCAGAACAUCAUUCAGAGAAAUUGAGAUGGUUAGCUCAUGGACCAAGGAAUAUAGCUCAAACCUAUAAGGGGUUUGUCAUUAAUGGGCAUAGAUUUCACACUGAGGACGUAAUGCGCAAGACUCAGAAUAGUGGAGUAACUUAUGAAGCUUUUAGCAUGUGUAGAGCUAGUGCUAGAGAUAAUAGACAGAUGGCGGACAUGGUUGUGUUCUAUGGAGUUAUACAACAGAUAAUUAUGCUAGAUUACCAUAUGUUUCAGAUACCACUAUUCAAGUGUAAGUGGGCCAACAAAGGAAAUGGUGUAAAAGAAGAAGAAGGAUUUACACUUGUGAAUCUCAAUGUCAACCAAUCUGCCUACCUCCAAGAUCCAUAUAUUUUGGCCUCCCAAGCUAAACAAGUUUUCUAUUCUAGAGAUGACUCCUCAAGUUGGUCUGUAGUGAUGAGGGCGCCACCAAGAGGGUAUCAUGAGCUAGAGACAGAAGAAGAGUUUGUAGUUGCACCAUCCGUUCCGCAAAAUGAAGAUUUUGGAAACGAAUCUUCUGAUGAUGAGAGUUUCUUUGAUAGAGAAGAUUGUGAAGGGGUCUUAGUAGUGAAUUAA